AUGCCGUCAACCAUGUCUGUUCAUCAAGACUUGGGAAUCUUUGGGCUCAAACACAAGUCCAAAAAAGCACAGUGGCUUGUGAUUGUUGAAGGAGGGAUGAGCAGCAGUAUGAGCACAACAACAGAAGAAUCAGUGCAUGAUUUGCUUCCCAAGUUCAGAUUCCAUCCCUCUGAGGAGGAAAUGGUGAACCUUUUGAUGAAAAAGGUGGAGGGCCAGGACUCCCAAGCCAUGCCUGAUGAAAUCGUUUACAAGCCUUCGGAUUUACCUGAUAAUGAAUCUAUCCAACUUUUUCGAUGCUUCUUGAAGAGGAUGAUGCAGGGCAAGGCCUCCCAAUCCAUCCCUGAAAUCGAUGUCUACAAGUACGAGCCUUGGGAUUUAGCUGAGCUCAUGUUCCCAGACUCUCCAUAUCAACCUAGGGCCUGGUUCUCCUUCAGCCGACCUGAUUACAAAUAUGCCAACAGUCCUCGCUGCAACAGGGCCACAGGGAAGGGCUUCUGGAAAAUCACAGGCAAGCCACGACAAGUCAAGUCUCGACAACUACCCAAAUCGGUCACUUGCAAAAAGAGGACCUUGACCUUCCAUGAAGGUCGUGUGUCUAAGUCGAGGAACACCGGCUGGGUCAGGCAGGAGUACAAUCUCACUCCAACUGACCCAGGUUCUAAUCCCAAUCAGCUGAGUGGCUUUGUUCUCUGCCGCAUGAAGAAUAAGUCAACUGACAAUGAGUCUGAUAAUAAGAAGCAGCAGGAUGUUUCAAUCUGUGUUGAAUCAGCUGAUCCUGGUAUUGCUGGCUGCAUGGCCUCUAAUUCUGAGCUUGAUCAAGCUGCUGGAAUUCAUCUGAUUCCGGAGGCAGAAGAACAUCUGACAUACGAAGAGCUAGAACAUGUUCUCCUUGGAAGUGGCAAUCAGAACGAUGGUGAACCUGGUGGCUAUGUUUCAUCUUAUUUUGAUGAUAUGAUUCAAGAGCUAUGUGCUAAGGGAGGAGAAUAUCUAGAUUUACCUUCUCCUCCUCCUGAGCCGCCUCGCCAACAACAGCUAGCUCAGCUGGGAAAUGUUCCUGUUACUGGUGAUUACAUUGGCUCUAAUUCUAAUAACCAAGCUGCUGCUAUCAAUCAUAUGAUUCCCGACCCAGAAGAACUUCUGGCCUACAAAGAGCUAGAACGUGUUCUUCUUUGCAGUUGCAAUCCUGAUGAUGGUGAACCUGGUGGCUGUGUUUCAUCUAAUAUGCUUCAAAAGUUAUGUGCUCAGCUAGGAGAAGAGCUGGAUUCACCCUUUCGUCCUCCUGGGCCACCUGAGCUGGGAAAUGCUCCAAUUGGGGAUAUUGAUCCUUCUCUUCCAAACAAGAAUAAUAUUCCAACCAACUAUGACAGUAAACCAGUCGGCAACACCGCCUCUAAUUUCGAGAAUCAAACUAGGAGUUCAGAGGUUUAUUCUCAAGCAGAAGAAAAUCUGGAAUCGUUCUUUUGUCAAUUUGAGCUAGAGGGAGAUUAUCUGCAUGCCAAUAACUAUAUUGGAUGCAAUGAGUCGCAAUCUGCGGCUCUUUUCCCACAAAGUUCUUGAAUAAUAGAAACAUCAUAAACUCUUUUCAAUGACUACAACCUACCAAAAUCAUUGGGAAGGGUUUAUGAUGGGAAUGGUGGAGUACCACAGUGACGCAGACACUGAAGUACUCCAUGGAAAGAUUAUCUGUAUUAGCUAUAGGAGAAAAACACAACAUUUUAUUCAUAGGAGAAUAUCAAAGGGGACUUAUAAACCACAAGAGUCCUUGUAAGAAUGUGUCUCCAACUCACAUUAUUACAGACAGUGAUAUUCUCCUGCAAAUAAUUCAACUGUGUUGAGUAAAACACUCACAGUUGUCUACAUUUCUGAAACUGGAGGCUUUGGAAACUUGUUCGUAGUUUUGGACAUUUAUGUCCAGGACAAACGACACAAGCUACUAGUCUGUCACACACGGCAAGGGUUAUGUCCAAGAUCUUUGAUGUGUGUGUAACCCAAAAAAAAAGAAAAAAUAGAAAGAAAAUCUGUCCCAGCAUCUCCAAAUUUUGGAAACUUCAACCUUAGGUGAACUUGUUGGUACAAAGAAAGACCAGCAAAUGAAAAUGGUUGAAAUGCUAUCUGGAACUCUCUACCCUUCUCCGAAUGCAAUGAGUACAGACGAAGUAAAGAUGUCUUUUCUCAGAAGCAGUCUUUUGGAGAUGGUGGUAUUUCCUCUUUCAACACAAACUACAGAAAUUCCUCAGAUCAGUAGUCUUCUUCAACUAGUAUAUCUAUCCUACAACUAGCAUCCAUUCACGUCUUCACUGAACACAUGGGAGGUGCUCCGAGAAGAACUCGAGUGCAGAGUAGUAUCACAAGACAAGGUCUGGGAAGCUGCAGCUCAUUGUACUGCUGUUCGUACUGCUUGAAGCAGGAAUGGAAUGGGCAGCUGGCACCAAAUGCAAGGGUUCUUUUACUUUCCUGGAAGUAUCUCCUCCAAACCAUAAACCAAGUACCCCCAUGGUACUAUAACAGGCUUGGUUUUGUUCGACGGUUGCUGUCAUUAUAGAAGUGGCGCUAUACGGAAGCUUCUGCUACAUGGCUGCUGGAGUCUCAGUUUAAUAUAUUAGUAUAACCAGACACUAGUGUGAUGUUUUGGUUACUGAUAUAGAAGCUUUGAGCUCCACCCUUAAUGGAGUAGUAGUUACUAGUUACAGUCAUUUCGAAAAUGUAUGAUUAUUUCUUACUGCAUUUUGAAGGUCGUAAACCUAUCAAUGACCUACUUACCUUCAGUGUGAAACAUCCCACCCUUAAACACCAAAGAUUGUAUACUUGUUAAUAUUGUUUCGAUUAUCAUAUCCUUGUGAAUGUUGUUUAUUUCCAACAUUUCAAUAUUGAAUGAAUAUUGUGUAUUAUUUAUUA